UGAGGGCGGCUGGAACAUGUCGCGCUUGAAGGGAGCGGCCGGGCGGGAUCCCCGGGCGGGUUUCAGAACUGAGACAAGAGACUCCAAUGCUUCCAUACCCCAGGGGCUAUUAAAGGCGGCGAGGAAGAGUGGCCAGUUAAACCUCUCGGGUAGGAACCUCAGUGAAGUACCUCAGUGUGUCUGGAGAAUAAAUGUGGAUAUUCCUGAAGAAGCUAACCAGAAUCUCUCAUUCAGUGCUACUGAACGAUGGUGGGAACAGACAGAUUUGACCAAAUUAAUAUUAUCAAACAACAACCUUCAGUCACUUGCAGAUGACCUCCGACUUCUGCCUGCAUUGACAGUUCUUGAUAUACAUGAUAAUCAGCUGGAAUCUCUUCCUUCUGCUAUAAGCGAGUUAGAAAACCUUCAGAAACUUAAUGUCAGCCAUAACAAACUGAAAAAACUUCCUGAAGAAAUUACAAAUCUAAGAAAUCUAACGCACCUGUAUCUCCAGCAUAAUGAACUUACUGUCAUACCAGAGGGAUUUGAACAACUUUCCAGUUUAGAAGAUUUAGAUCUUUCAAACAAUCGUCUUACAAUGAUUUCCACUGGUAUUUCUUCUCUAUCCAGUCUGGUGCGAAUGAAUCUUUCCAGUAAUCAGCUGAAGAGUUUGCCAGCAGAAAUAAGUAAAAUGAAAAAAUUAAAGCUUCUGGAUUGUAAUUCAAAUCUCUUGGAAAGUAUACCUCCUGAAUUGGCUGGUAUGGAAUCACUAGAAUUGCUUUAUUUGCGGAGGAAUAAACUACGUUUUCUACCUGAAUUUCCUUCUUGUAAACUACUAAAGGAAUUGCAUAUUGGUGAAAACCAGAUUGAGGUACUAAAAGCGGAGCAUCUGAAACACCUGAAUUCUAUCCUUGUGCUAGAACUGAGAGAUAACAAGUUAAAAUCUGUUCCAGAUGAAAUUUCACUGCUGCAGUCUUUGGAAAGGCUUGACCUAAGUAACAAUGAUAUUAGUAGUCUUCCCUAUUCACUGGGAAAGCUUCAUUUGAAAUUUCUGGCAGUAGAAGGAAAUCCUUUAAGAACCAUUCGAAGAGAAAUUAUAAAUAAAGGAACCGAAGAAGUCCUGAAAUACCUACAAAGCAAGAUACAAGAUGAUGGACCUAGUCAAAAUGACUCUGCUGAUAAGACUGCCAUGACACUACCCAGCGAAUCCAGUGUCAAUAUCCACGCCAUCAUCACUUCAAAGUUGUUAGAUUAUAGUGAUAAACAGAAAAAUCUAAUUCCUGAUGAAGUGUUUGAUGCAGUAAAAAGCAACAUCAUCGUUUCUGUUAACUUCAGUAAGAAUCAGCUAUGUGAAAUUCCGAAAAGGAUUAUUGAACUGAAAGACAUGGUUACUGACGUCAACCUCAGUUUUAAUAAGCUUUCCUCUAUAUCCUCGGAAUUCUGUAUGCUUCAGAAAUUGACAUUUUUAGAUGUCAGGAACAAUUUUUUAAAUUCCUUGCCGGAAGAAAUGGAGUCAUUGAUAAGACUACAAAUAAUCAAUCUUUCCUUCAAUAGGUUCAAAACUUUUCCUGAAGUGCUAUAUCGUAUCCCUGCACUGGAAACAAUUCUUAUUAGUAAUAAUCAGGUUGGGUCUCUGGAUCCUCACAAAAUGAAGACAAUGGAACAUCUGACUACAUUGGACCUUCAAAAUAAUGACCUUCUACAGAUCCCACCAGAGCUUGGUAAUUGUAUGAACUUAAGAACACUACUACUAGAUGGGAAUCCAUUCCGUGUUCCUCGGGCAGCCAUAUUAAUGAAGGGAACAGCUGCUGUACUGGAAUAUCUGAGAGACCGAAUUCCUACUUAAAUUAGAGUUGUUU